UACAUACUUGUAAAUGUACAUGUUUACAAUUUGGCGAUGUUUACACUACAUUGUGGACUUUAUUUGUAAAUGUGGUUUGCUCUGAGUUUUAUUUACUUAUCGCGUUUAUUCUUUCCAAUUUUAGCAAUUAUCCCAUCAGUAGUCGUUCGCACAUGUUAAAUAAUAAUAUCAAAAGAAAAUUAAUGACGUCGAUAUUGUCUAAACUUUGUUAUCAACAAUGACGUUACUAGUAAGAAGAAACCUAUGUAAACAGUGGCACCGUUUGAAUAUCUGCUAACCAACAUUCCAACCGACCUCACUGUACCUGAAGAAGGUGAUUCAAAACAGCUGUAAACAUUUGUACUUAGUGAUUAAACUGCUAGAAUGGUUUUUAAACUGCUGAAACAAAGUAUGAAAGGUUUUGUAUUAGUUGCUCUAAGACAUUAUAAAAUAAUAUGAUUUUGUAAGGUUAAAUAACAAAUACAGUUAUGAAAAUUAUUUCAUAAUAAUAGAAAAAACUAAUUUAUGUUAAAUUUACCAUUUUUUACAUGCAAUUUGUUUAUUUACAUCGCGGACGUAGAUGGCUGUGGAUUGUCAGCAUAAACAGUUGAUUCUGAGUAUUUUAAUAUGAUUUUAUAUACUUUUAUUCUUAUUUAUUGUACAGUAACAUGAUUUUGUGCUUUUAACACUUUUCUAGUGAUAUUACGACUUCAAUAUUUGUUAUGCACAGACGUAAAGUCGGAUAAAAUGACUUAAACUUGAUUUUUAUUUUUCUGUGUAUUUUUUUAACAUAAUCAAGAAUGACUUAACUUGAAAUGACGUAAACCAAGGUAUACCUGUACUUCCUUACUUCAUUUAUUUAUAUUUUUUAUUCUUUGGAGUCUCCAGAAUGAAUUAAUCAAUUCCCAUAAAAACCUAUGGUAAAUUGAUAAUUGGUUAACGAACAAUUCGGAUAGUGAACAAAGUCUUGGAACGGAUUAUGUUCAUUAACUGAUCACCCACUGUAAUUGUAAAUUAAAAGUUUGAAAGUUUUUAAAUUGUUUGAAAUGCUAUUGUCAUAAUAUUCAUGGGCAUCUGCAGAAAUUUUUUUUAGGUUUUUUUCACAAGUUGACUAUAGAAUAUGGUAGUGCAUCAAUAUGAAAAGACAGACAAAGCUUCUCACAGUCGAGGGUGUAAGGUUACGUAUCUCGCUCACUCUUAUGAUUAUAUUUGUGGAAUUUUUUGCUUGAUUCCAGGGGCAAGUGCCCCAGUUUUCCCUCUUUAUGGAUGAUGAUAUUCACAAUUUAAUGAGAACAAAAAAGUUUUUUAUACCGACCUUUGAAGAUAAAAGUGAUAGCAAUAGACAAAAGUAGUAACAUUUCAUUGGAUUCUCUUAGAAUACGUUUAACGUAGAGAAUGAAUAGAAAUUUAUUAAUAAACACAGUCAAUUUAUUUUGCGUUAAUAACAGUUGGAAUAUAGUAUGUUGAACUUACAGUAUGGUUAACUUCAAUAGAGAGAAUAGAAUUCAUUAUGCAAGUUAACAAAGAGAAUAUUUAUAAAGGAUUCUUUUUGUAUAACUCUGUUUAAUGAUAAAUAUUUACAUCCCAGAAAUAUUUGUUAUAACUUUUUUAUAUACAGUAGACCCCUAUAAAACGGGUUCAUAUAGUUUGGAUUCCUAUAUGACGGUGAAAAAAUUGCGACCAUAUUCGUAUAAUUUGGUAAAACAUCAUUGCUGACUCGUGUUGUGACGGGAUUGGUCAAAUCUAGACCAAUAGCAGAUAUUGCACAAACCACUGAGUUUAAACGAGCAGUGGACCUACUAAAAACCAUUUAUUAUUUAAUGUCCAUAAAUAUUUAUAUUAAUUAAUUAAUGAUGUCUCCAAAGUUCAGCAAAGUUUUCACAGAAAAAUAAUUUAUCAGGAAACACAUGAGUGCAUUCGAUGCACCACUCCAUGACGAAAACAAGCUUAAGCAAUGGCGUCGUUGAACGGUGCACACUCGGAAGACGAAAAAGUUAUUGAACUCGUAAAAAAGUUUGGCGCAAAGAAAUGGACACUCAUUGCAAAGUAUUUGAAAGGAAGAAUUGGAAAGCAGUGUAGAGAGAGAUGGCACAAUCACCUAAAUCCUGACAUCAAGAAGACGGCCUGGACGACCGAAGAAGAAAGGAUCAUAUGCAAAGCUCAUAAAGAAUUGGGAAAUCAAUGGGCUAAAAUAGCCAAACUCUUACCUGGAAGAACAGACAAUGCCAUCAAAAAUCAUUGGAAUUCCACGCUGAAGAAGAGAGCGGAAUCUGGGAAACUCGAAGAAAACUUCAAAAAGAGGACAUCCGGCCGAGGCUCGUCAAAGUAUUCUGUCAAUAAACAACAAAAUGACCAUCUGUCUGCAGUUGUUAAAACUGAAGAUGAUAAUUCUUUCUAUGAAGAAGUGAUAACGUCCGAUCUUCCUCCGGUAGAGUUUCGGUAUAUUAACCAUCCCGUAUCCAUUGAAAACUCUGAACCAUUCACUUUUGGUUACCAGAGCGGGCAGCUGGCAGAAAAUUUGCAGUACAACUAUGAAGAGCCAAGAUCUGUAGAGACAAAUCCUUUAAAUUUUCUAGACAUCGACAUAGAGGAGUUGGACGUGUCGAGUCCGAGCAUGGACGCCUUUCCCAGCAUGGAUUCGUUUGGCGACCUGAGUGUCCUGGAUCUGGUGAAUGGCACUGAAGUCACUCCCUCUGUUACCCCCAUCAAAUUCCAUGAAUUUUCGCAGAAGAAACAAUCCGUCGACUGCAAAUUUGAUGGGAGUAUUUUACAAGCAAUAAAAGAUGGAGGCUACAAUGGACUGAUACCCAUCACUUCUCCUCUAGUGGCAAAACUGUCGACUCCUCCCAUUUUGAGGAAGGGAAAGAGACGUUUUACUGUGCCGGUCAGAUUAAUGGAAAAUCAAAAUCUGGACAUCCUACAAAGUAUGGAUCAACCCCUUGAGACCAUGGACCCAAAAGUGGAACCACAGCCCGAUUUUGAGGUUGUGUCCCAAAUCAAGAUGGAGUCGGCUGACCAGGAAGAGUCUGUGCUUCCUGGCAUUGAGAUAUUCUACAAUUCUGCCGAUCGCUUUCCGCCGGACGGAGAUGUGGCAGCCUGCACGGAAGAUCUGGGUUUGACAGAAGAGAUCCCAUUACCCCAGUUGGAUGAGGCAGACCUGGACUCCGAGACAUUCUCCGUCACUCCAGCGAAACGAUCACCUGUUAAACAGUUGCCCUUUUCACCAUCGCAGUUUCUAAAUAGCCCGAACAUUGGCUUCUCUGCCAUCAGUCUGACAUCCACACCAGUGUGCAAAAAGCUAACAUGGGAACUGACCUCCUGCCUUGACAUGCAUUCUCCCAUCUGUAACAGUUCGGUGCAGACUCCUCUCUUCCAUAAUUCUUUACUGGACACAGAUCCGAGGACGCCGACUCCUUUGAAAGAUGGACCAUGCUGUGAAAAGAAAGAAAAGGAGAAAAAUAGUUGUGCCAAAACUUUGGUAAAGGAAACUUCAUCGACGGUCAAACAGACAAGCUUUCAGACUAAUAACGAAAGUUCAAUUGGUGCAGUACCACAGAUGGAAGUGAGAAUCCUACAGGAAAGUUCACAGUUUUCACUUAAUUCUCCUCUGGUCCUUGAUAAUGGAAAUGGCGGGAAGAGAAAAGACAACAAAGAGAAUGUUUCGCCUGUAAAGAAAGUACGAAAGAGUCUCUAUCAGUCUUGGUCGAUUCCAGGAGACAUAAAUGUCCCGGGUUUGGGCACUUCCUUAUAUCUUCAGUCUUGUGAGCUGCUGAUGAAUCCAGAGACUCCAAGCAAAUCGUUGUUUAAAGACGAGUCGGUACUGUUCUCUCCUCCAUCCAUCAUAAGAGAGACUCUACCCGAAGAAGUGUUGCCCGCACUUAACGAAGCCUUCAUAGACAGGACCGUCUCCAAACCAAAGGUCCACUUUCAGAAUAAGCGCGUGGCUCAGAGAAUUCAGUUCGAAGAUCAUCCCUGCAAGAAAUCGGUUUUAAAAAUAGAGAGAUGGCAAACGGUGGCAGUCGGACGCACGGAAGACCAGUUGGAACUGACAGAACAGGCCAGACAAUUGAUGAGCUCCCUCCGCACCAGAUCUUUAAGUUUAUAACCGGAACAAAAAAAGAUGCAAUUUGUAUUUUUUUUUUCUUAUACUUUUUUGUCCGAUUUAGAAACGAAUCAUGUUAAGAAAUCUUUAUUUUUCUUAUAAUUAUUUUAAGGGUUCAUUUCAGAGAAUAUCGUGUAGUGUAGAAAAAUUAUUUUACUAAUAAUUUUAAAUUAUAAACGCCCGAUUAGGAUUGCGAGUGCGAUGACAGUGACGAAAAUUCACGAAAGUCAAUGUCACAAAAAAAAAUCAUGAUAAUUGUUUCUUCGGAUUUCUGAAAAAAAUUGUGGCAUUAUAACAGGCGAAAAAUUAUUUUGUAACAUAUUUUUUUGUAAAAUACUUUAUUUAUAAAAUUCACUCUUGUGUCUUUUCGCCGAAAAACACCGGAGUAUAAAUUUUGAAGAAAAAUUAUAUGAAAAUGAUUAUUUUAUUAGAUUAAAAAGUUUAUAUUUAAAAAAAUAAUAAUGUACCUUUUGUCUGGUUUCUCAAAGCCGUUCUGUAGUUCUUGCGAAUCAAUUGUACACACGACAAGCAAAAUACUUUUUAAAAUAUGAUAGAAAUUGCGGAUUUUCCUGGUCAAAUUCUAGCGUUAAGGCAAGACUGCAGAACGGAAGCGAAAUUUUUCGAAGCUCCCUCGUUUUAGCGUAGCUACAGGUCGUACCUGACUCGGAAGGUAUAUUAAACGGGUUUAUCGCAGCAGCACGACUGUGAAGUUCUGUUCCUGAACUUAAUUUCCUUUUGUUUAUUUGUUCGUUGGUUCAUUGUGUUUAAUGCCACAUUGACAAUAAUAUGAUGCACUAACCGAUGAGUGUGUGAUAAGAAUGUGUAAAGUAGA